GCUGCGGCGCGUUUAGCAACGCGUAGGCAAAGGCGGGGGCCGCGGCCGAGCCGCUAGGGAAGGCUGCAGCCGCCGCCCCGGCUGCCUGCGAGCCGCGGCCGACGUCUGCGCAGCGCCCGCCCCCUGCACGCCGGGGCGGCGGUUGGCUGCGCCGCCGCGCCAUGCUCCGCGCCCUGCGGCGGCGCUGGGACUCCUACAAGUACCGCUUCGUGCCCUGGGUCGCGCUCAACCUCCGCCGCAAGCGCAGGACCCUCCGAUAUGUUCCAGAAAACUCCCAAGACAAAAUUAUCACUGAUGAAGAUGUCUUUGCAACACUACUGAAAGUAUUUAAAGCUCUGUUUGUAAAUGACUUUAGUAGACAAACACGUAUCUUGGCCUUACUUCCUGAAAUUAAAUGUAAAUAUCUGGAACUACUGACUGUUGAGCUGGAGAGAUCAAAAGUAAAAUCAUGUAACCACGAGAGUCAACACAUGUUUAGUCCAGAGGAAGUUCUGUUUAAUACACUGGGGUUCAGUAUUACUCGAGACCGAAGUUCACUGGUUUCUGCUGGAACUGGAGUCUUUGUUACCAAGGGUUUUGUGCCAAAAGGGACCGUUGUGUCUAUGUAUCCUGGUACAGUGUACAGAAAGUAUGAACCCAUCUUUUUCCAGUCCCUUGGCAAUCCCUUUAUUUUUAGGUGCAUAGAUGGUGUUCUUAUUGAUGGGAAUGACAAAGGACUAUCCAGAGCAGUGUACAGGUCUUGCAGCAGGAGAGAUCAACUUGGCCCAUUUCAAAUGAGUGAUGUGACAUGGCUCACGGCUGCCCUGCAAAACCCACUGGCGGUGGGACAGUAUGUUAACAACUGCUCACAUGAAAAAGCAGCCAAUGUCUGUUAUCAGGAGUUUGAUGUGCCAGGAUCUUUUCCAGUAGAACUGAAACAGUAUCUUCCGAACAUCCUCUACAGCCAUGACAUGCAGAGCCACCUGAGGUGUGUAGUGCUUGUUACUCUCAGAGACAUCAAGCAAGGAGAAGAACUUUUCUCCAAUUACUUCACUGUUGUCAACUGAAUUAAUAGGUUGAGGGACUGGAGAAAUCUGUUUUAUUAAAAUAAAUUAAUUGUGUAUGUACUUCAAGCUUUGUAAGCAUCUUAGUAUAAUGGAGAGCUGUGCUUUGCCAUUUAGAAGGUGAGCUGCAGGCUUGUAUUUCUCUGCAAAUACUCCACAUUUGAUGCAGAGGUGAAGGUUUAAGCUGUUUACAUCAUUAUGUUCUCAGCGGCAUCAUUACGUUCUCAGCUGCCCAGUAUUAUUUAAAAUUUACUGGUUUUCAGCUGUCCAUACAACAGCUCAUAGAGUUAAAAUGUAAGUUCUAGACAUGUCAUUUCAUCUUCUGGUUUGUUUAGUUGUCCAUAACUGUGACUCAGUUUUAAUCUUUUGCCGUUUCAUUCUCAUGCUUACAAUGGACAUAAUUUGUAAAAAUCACCCCCCUUUAGUUAUGUAUUCCUCAGGUGAUCUUCAGCAUUUUAUGGUGAUUGUUAGUUCCUGUUUGAGUUUUCCUUGGAGUUGGUUCCAUUCCCUUUGUUAUCUUCUCUCUUUUAGAAAGUAUUUCAAUGUACCCAGUUGCCCGAAUCUUGUAUGAAGCCUUCUGGAGGAGUGUCAGUAUGCACUUCUGACGUACCUGCAUGGUGCACUGUCACAAACAGGCUGACUUAAGCCAUUUACUUUACCUAUCUCUUUCUUGGGGCAGGAGGAAGGACUAUAUUAUAUCCUGAGGUCCCUUCCAACCCUAAUUUCUGUGGUUCAGCUGAAGUUUCCUGGCAUGUGUCAUCUUUCAUAGCUUUUAUUCUCAGAGAGGGAGAACUUCAUGUUACAGAGUAACUAGAGGAAGUGAUGCCAAACAAAUGUUAUGUAUUUUUUAAUGAGUUACUGGCAUAAGCAGAGCCAGGCAUUCCUACAUUAAUUCUUGAUGCUGUCUGCAAACUGUUUUCACAAAGUAAACAAGAGGCAGCUUGUCAAUCUUUGGGUCAGGCUAAACAGCUUUCUUGGGAAAUAAAAAUAAUCCAUGUCUUUGCUGCAGAAGUCUAAGCAAGCCUCUGAAUGAAUUUGAGGUUGGCGUAAGCUCACAAGAGAAGAGGAAUGGGAAGUGGUGUCUUCUAACCAAACUGGUGGUGACCAGGGAGGCAAGGGGGCCUUAGCUGCAGAAGCAGCUAGUCCCCUUUGCAGAAGACAAAGCUUUUCAGCACCUUUAUUGGUCUACUUCCAUACCUGCAGCUUGUCUUUCAUACUCAUCUGGAAGUCCUCAGCCAGAGAAGGCCAGCUCUUUCAGGCAAAUUUGAACAGCAGAGCUAUGGCACCAUGGCAUGGGGCUCAGCACAGGCUGUACAAGCUUUAUGGAGAUGCUGGAGACACUUCUAGUGACAGUUCUUAUUGUGUCUUCACUGUGAUAACAGAUCAGAGCAGGUGGUGAUCUCCAAUCCACUGAAGAGGACACUGAUCCUCCACCACUCGGAAGGUCCCUUCUCUCCAGAGCCUUUUCCCCUUAGCUCCUUCUGGGAGGAGCUUAUUGAGCAUCUCUUGAUCUCUGAAGAGAAGACUGUUUGUCAGGGUGCCUGCAGUGUUGCUUAGCUCAAGGAGGUAACAAAGCAAUAAAAGUUACUGUGGCUUUUGUUUUGCUUGCAUAUUAGUCAAGGUUUAUGGGUGGGUGGUGGAUACUAGUUUCAACAUGCAAGUUUCAGCUGGCCGGUGCUAUUGCCAUUUCUCUAGGCUGAGAUGCUGUCAUGCAAAGGCAUGGAUUGCUAUAGCUAUCUCCCUUAUACAUUUGUUAAUCAUUUUAAAGUGACCAGAUUUGAAAGUAUACUCCUGUCUGACAACUGAGGUACCUAUGUUUACAACUAAUUUAUUAAGCAUGGUUGUGCUCUCCUGGAUGUGAAUGCCACACAGUAGUAGAGGAUUACAGUGCUGAAAUGCAGGCUGUGUAUCGCAAACAAGACACAUGGGACUGGUUUCUCCUUGCUGAAAUCCUGAAGCCCAGCAGCCUGCCUUAGGGACUGAUCCAACAUGAAGGGAAGCAGGACCUGGCCUGGGACUGACAACAGCAAUUGAUUUCUGUCUGCUGCUGGCUAUAGAAAGCCAAAAGCUGGUAGGAGGAAGAGGUACAGUCAGGUGGUACUUCCAAAUAGCAAGAAGCAUGACAUUGGGACUGCACAGAAGAAUGAACAAUAAAGACAGUAUCUGUCUUCAAAGAUGAUUUGCCUGAGAAUUUUCAUUGUAAUUCCCUAAAAAUACAGACUGACUGAACUAA